GGAGAGGAAAGAUUAGCAGAACACAGUUAGAAAACAAUUAUUGGAAAAACAGACCAAUCCUACCUGUAUAUUAAGCACUUGAAACUCCCUAACUUAUCAGUUGCAGUUAUUGUCUGAAAAUUGAUCUUCUUUUUCCUAGCUAGUCCCUUGUUUCUUAUAUGGGGUUUCAUGUUCACAUUAUCUAAUUUGAAAAAAUUCAUGUUUAUUUUCUCCCCACAUAAUCCAAGUAAUAGAACAUAAAAAUGCCUAAGAUAUGAAUGAAAACACAUGUCCUUGAUUGCUUCCUUGCUACUUUAUCACGAAGAUUUCCAAGAGCCCAUGUUUUUAAUAACUUUUAUGUUUCUCUUUCUAUAAUUAUAAUGUAGGUCUGUUGUUAACUUGGGAACUACCAAAGAAAAGAAGAAAGUCAAAGGAAUCCAUAUCACAUCAUCCAGAUACAGCCAUAUUGAUAUUUACUUUACAUGCUUCCUAACUUUUUAAUUCAUAUAUAUAUAUAUAUACUUUUUAAAAAGUAAAAAUGUGUCAACUUGUACAAGCUAUUUUGUAACCUGCGUUUUUACCUUUUAGCCCUUAGAAGAGUGCCUAGUACCUCAUAAGUUCUCAAUAAAUAUCUGUUGAGUAAAUGAGUGAACAUAUUUACAUGUCAUUAAGAUUUUUUUCUGUGGCACUAUUUUUCACGACUGCACAGCAUUCCACUCUAUGAAUUAUCAUGCCGCAUCGAUCCAGGCCCGGGAGAGCUGAGGAAAAUAAGGUGUGUGAUGGACACACAGAUGCCCUGUGCAUGCCCCGAGUUCGUGCUGCUCAGGGCUGCAGGGAGUGCUGGCACUCCGCCCUCCACUGCCAACUGCCUUCAGGGAUUGCUGCAGCUACAGAGCACCACCUUCCCGGGCCUCCCCGUAUCUAAGGAUGGAUCACAGGGGGCCCAUGAAGAACGAUCAUGACAGGCAUCUCCCUCCAAGUUCCCCGGGGAAGACGUGGUGCCCGAGGCUUUCCCACCUCCGUGGCAGCUUGACUUCUCCCCACACCCAAUCCCGUGUCCACCCUCUUCCUUUCAUGGAUAUUCAUCUCAAGAGCACUCCCUAAUAAAUAUACUGCACUCUAAACUCUGUCUUAGGGUCUGCUUCCUGAAGAACCGAACCUGGUACAGAGUUGGUUCUGACCCAGAACUACUUCGCUAAUGUUAGCAAAUUCUAACAUUACUGCUGUUACCCAUACCUGCACCCGGCUAAAUAAACUAUGACGCGUGCAGUCCGCGAUUUGUUUCGUAGCCAUUAAAACAACUGUUGGUGCUGUGUGUGACACGUGGGCUCAGGAGGAAGGAAGGGGAAGGGGAAGGGGAAGGGAGGGAGGAAUUGGGUAUCAUCACAUAGUUCCUUGAGCCUCUCUCUAUGCCUGAAUUUCUCUCAGUCUCUUUGUUUCCAGAUCUCUUGCUCCUUACUAGUCUUAGGGCCACACACAGUGUGAGCAUUACUUGGGCAACAACUAUUCCUCUAAAUGCAGCAUACACAAGUUAUAGAAACUGGACGUGACCCUGAACAGAUAACAUGUACCAGCAGAGCUAUGGGCAGUCAGGAUAAUAAAGAGGCCUUUUAAUGCACAAGCAGAAUUAAGGAUCAAAUCACAUGAAUAAAAAACAAAUCAAAUCCAAAUAAGAACAAAAGCCCUGAGUAGGUGUUCGAGGAAGGCCCUGAGCUAGGAGGAAUCCAGGGGAGUGAUGAGCUGUGCCCUGUCAGGAUGCCUCCAACCUGUCAGAAUCACACAUUCCUAAGCAGCAGAAAUCUACAGAACAAAAACUUCCUGUUACUUCCGGCCUCAGCAAGGCGAACUUAGGCAGCCUCAGGCUCAGCCCAUGUGAGCUGCCUCCUCCCAAUCACAGCCCACCCUCCCCUGCUCCCAGAGGUUCAAAGAACUGGUGCAGGGUAGAAAAGCACUUCGGGCCAGAGCAGCCUGCCCAGCGGGCCAAGGCAGCACCAGGAGGAGGAGGCGGAGAGGACAGCUUGUGGGAAACCCUGAACAUGGCCAAAGAUGACUCCACUGUUCGUUGCUUCCAGGGCCUGCUGAUCUUUGGAAAUGUGAUUACUGGUAUGUGCGGCAUUGCCCUGACGGCCGAGUGCAUCUUCUUCGUGUCUGACCAGCACAGCCUCUACCCGCUGCUGGAAGCCACUGACAACGAUGACAUCUAUGGUGCUGCCUGGAUCGGCAUGUUUGUGGGCAUCUGCCUCUUCUGCCUGUCCGUCUUGGGCAUUGUAGGCAUCAUGAAGUCCAACAGGAAAAUCCUUCUGGCGUAUUUCAUUCUGAUGUUUAUAGUGUAUGGAUUUGAAGUGGCAUCUUGUAUUACAGCAGCGACACAGCGAGACUUUUUCACGCCCAACCUCUUCCUGAAGCAGAUGCUGGAGAGGUACCAAAACAACAGCCCCCCAAGCAACGACGACGAGUGGAAAAACAGUGGAGUCACCAGGACCUGGGACAGGCUCAUGCUCCAGGACAACUGCUGUGGUGUAAAUGGUCCCUCCGACUGGCAGAAAUACACAUCUGCCUUCCGGACUGAGAAUAAUGAUGCCGACUACCCCUGGCCUCGCCAGUGCUGUGUCAUGACCACUCUUCAGGAGCCUCUUAACCUAGAGGCCUGCAAACUAGGAGUUCCGGGUUACUAUCACCAUCAGGGCUGCUAUGACCUGAUCUCCGGACCCAUGAACCGCCACGCCUGGGGGGUUGCCUGGUUUGGAUUUGCCAUUCUCUGCUGGACUUUUUGGGUUCUCCUGGGUGCCAUGUUCUACUGGAGCAGAAUUGAAUAUUAAGAAUAAAGUGUCACCAUCAUAUGA